GUAUUAGUCACUGAGAUGGGCUGUCUCUAAAUAGUUGUUCACCUCAUAACAAACGCUUUAUCAGACAAACAUACGAAAAGAUCCUUUAGGAAUCCAAUGUUAGAGUCAGCUGUUACUAGGCUCAUCGCGGCGCCACACGUCUGUUGACUGCACCGUGCGUGUCCCGCAGCAGGAUCGACGAUGGCCUUAUUCACCUACCUGGCCGGUCUCCCGCACAGACUGAUGGCCUCAAAUACUUUAACAAAACAGGAGAAGUGUUACAACCCUCUCGACCUGACAUUUAAAUUUGUCGAUAGAGAGGAUGAUUUGGACUUUUUGUGUGAAGGCUUCAAAUCUCUCAGAGCUCAGAUGUCCUGUGGUCACGCUGUGACCCCGACCUCUCUCACCAACUGGUGUCGCAGGUUGUUGGAGCAGGGUGACAGCAGGUUUGUGUGUGGUGCGUUUGGUUGCAGUGCUGAGUGGACUUUGGCAGAGGUUUGUAAAAUGGCUCUUCUGGACCCUCAAGAAACCGAGUACUUCAGAAAAACCCUGGAAUUCAACGCUGCCAGGCAGAUGCUUAUCACCCGAUUUUGUCCUGGAUGCGGAUCCGCUGUGACGAGAGAGAAUGGAUCAGAUUUGAAUGUCCUCUGUAAAGUGUGCACAUCAGUAAAAGGACAGACCUUUGAAUUCUGCUGGCAGUGUUUGAAGGAGUGGAAAGGUGCACGGCCUCGGAAAGACCGCUGUGGAAAUCGUGGCUGCUGCAACCAGUCACUAAAGACGCUAAAAGAAUGCCCAGAUAUCAUCUUUGAUUCAGUGAAGGGUGUCCAUGGGUGUCCCUCUGUCCGUGCCUGUCCCACCUGUGGGUUGCUGUUGGAGCACAGCAAGAGGAAUUGUAAAUCUCUUGUUUGUCCUCGUUGCAAGGUGAAGUUCUGCUUUGUGUGCCUGAAGAUCUUCACCGAAUGCACCACAACAAGUGGCAUUUCUGCACCUUGCUCUAGUGGUGUAGCUCCCAGACAGACAUCUAUACCUGUAUGGCAGAAGAAAUAAUAGUAACAACACAAGGCCAUCAAACUUCACUUUGUCUUGGUGUGAAAGUGCCUUGGAGUUGAUGCACUUUAAACUAUAUCAUAAUUAUAUUAAAAAAAUAACUUUUUGCUCCCACAUUUACCUAGCAACUGCCAGAAACCAGUCAACAGUUCCCAGAAUUUCACUCUGACUGGAGAUUGCCAGGUCACUGAACUUAUACUAGGUCUGCAUGGUUAAGCUACUUCCAGUAUCCACUUGUCAACCAGUCAGGAAAUAAACAUGUUUCAUAGAAACCUGUGGUUGGCAUUUAUCUGUAAUAAUAUAUCAUGUAAUAUAAUGCUAAAGAAAUGUUGUAGUUUGUUGAUGAGAAAUUUCCUACCAGAUGUGAACUUUACAAUUGUAUUAUGCCUGAUUUGUAAAAUCUCAAAAAUACAUUUUAAAUGUGAAGUUAAUCCCACGUUCUUUCUUUUUGCAAAACCUUGUUGGGUUAAAACAAAAGUUAAGAUGUAAAACAUGCAGCUCAUUUAAAUAAAUUGUCAAAAUGUUGUCAUUUA